UGAGUUUACAUCGACUUAAAACUUUUACAACAUGUCUGGACGCGGCAAAGGUGGCAAAGUCAAGGGAAAGUCCAAGACUCGUUCAACGAGGGCUGGUCUUCAAUUCCCAGUGGGUCGUAUUCAUCGUCUACUGCGCAAAGGAAAUUACGCAGAACGAGUUGGUGCUGGAGCUCCAGUUUACCUGGCAGCAGUUAUGGAGUACUUGGCUGCUGAAGUUCUUGAGUUGGCAGGCAACGCAGCUCGUGACAACAAGAAAACCAGGAUCAUUCCUAGACAUCUACAAUUGGCCAUUCGUAACGACGAGGAGCUGAAUAAAUUGUUGUCUGGAGUCACCAUUGCACAGGGCGGUGUUCUCCCCAACAUUCAAGCCGUUCUUCUACCCAAGAAGACUGAGAAAAGCAGUUCAUAAAUUGUUUCACUCAAUUUACUGCAAACAAUCGGCCCUUUUCAGGGCCACAAAAUCUUUUCGGACGCAGAAUCCUCAA